GCGGGGGGGAUUAAAGGAGACCGGAUCCCCGCGGGGGGAAAGGCGGCGAGCGGCCGCGGCACGGGGCGAGUCCCGGCCAUGUGGGCGCUGCUGGCUCUGUGCUGCUGGGGGGGGCUGUCGCUGUCGCUGCCCGCGCCGCAGGGCGCCCUGUCCCGCGCCCCGGGCUUCGCGGCUCCCGCCCUGCCGCCGCCGCCCGACGCCACGGCCAGCAAAGUGGAGAAGCUGGGUCGCGCCUUCAAGCGCCAGGUGCGGCGGCUGCGGGCGCGCAGCGGGCGGCUCGAGCUGGUGUUCCUGGUGGACGAGUCGUCCAGCGUGGGUCCGGCCAACUUCCUCAGCGAGCUGCGCUUCGUCAAGAAGCUGCUCUCCGACUUCCCGGUGGUGCCCGCGGCCACGCGCGUCGCCAUCGUCACCUUCUCCUCGCGCAGCAACGUGGUGCCGCGGGUGGACUACAUCUCGCGGCGGCGCCCGCAGCAGCACAAGUGCGCGCUGCUCGGCAGGGAGAUCCCCGGCAUCACCUACCGCGGCGGCGGCACCUACACCAAGGGCGCCUUCCAGCAGGCGGCGCAAAUAUUACGGCAUGCCCGUGGAAAUGCCACAAAAGUGAUAUUUCUCAUUACUGAUGGAUAUUCCAAUGGGGGAGACCCAAGACCCAUUGCAGCAUCCUUGCGUGAACUGGGAGUGGAGAUCUUCACCUUCGGGAUAUGGCAGGGGAACAUCCGAGAACUGAAUGACAUGGCAUCUCAUCCAAAAGAAGAUCACUGUUACCUUCUUCACAGUUUUACUGAGUUUGAAGCUCUGGCACGCAGGGCUCUUCAUGAAGACCUGCCCUCUGGCAGCUAUAUCCAAGAAGAUAUAUCGCAUUGUUCGUAUCUCUGUGAGGCAAAUCAAAACUGCUGCGACAUCAUGGCAAGCUGUAAAUGCGGCACUCACACUGGCCAAUUUGAGUGCAUCUGUGAAAAAGGAUACUAUGGGAAAGGACUACAACAUGAAUGCACAGCUUGUCCACCAGGAACAUACAAGCCUGAAGGUUCACCGGGUGGAAUCAGCACUUGCAUCUCAUGUCCUGAUGAGAAUCAUACUUCUCCACCAGGAAGUACCUCAAUUGAGGAUUGUACAUGCCGUGAGGGAUAUCGUGCUGUAGGACAAACCUGUGAAGUUGUUCACUGCCCUGCACUGAAGCCCCCUGAAAAUGGUUACUUUGUCCAGAAUGUCUGCAACAAUUACUUUAAUGCUGCCUGUGGGAUCCGAUGCAAAGCAGGAUUUGAUCUUGUGGGAAGUAGCAUCCGGCUUUGUCAGCCAAACGGCCAAUGGUCUGGAUCGGAGGCUACUUGCAGAGUUCGAACGUGUCCCAAACUUCGGGCUCCUGAAAAUGGACACAUUAAUUGUUCAACGGCUGAUAUCUCCUAUAAGACAGUAUGUUUUGUGACCUGCAAUGAGGGCUAUGAAAUAGAAGGAAACACCAAACUCACCUGCCAGGGAACAUCGCAGUGGGAUUCAAAAGAGCCAAAAUGUGUGGAAAUGCGUUGCCCCAUCCUCCAGAAACCAGCAGGUGUAACACUUCUACCUCCUGAAUGUGGACUGGAGCCUGCUGUUUUUGGGGCUGUGUGCAAGCUGAGCUGUCCUCAAGGAUUCGUCUUGUCUGGAGCUAGAGAAGAACUAAGGUGCAUUUCAUUUGGGAGAUGGAAUGCAAACAUCCUGGAUGCUCUGUGUAAAGAUAUUGAAGCUCCCCGGAUCCACUGUCCACAAAAUAUUGAGACUGAGACUCUGGAACAUCAUAAUUCUGCUAAUAUCAGCUGGCAGGUACCAACAGCUGAGGAUAACUCUGGAGAUGAGGUCUCAGUUCACGUUACGCCGGCUUUCAUACCACCAUUUCUUCUUCCAAUUGGUGAAGUUGCCAUUACUUACACAGCAGCUGAUAAGUCGGGCAAUGAGGCAAGCUGUACAUUCAGUGUCAAAGUUAUUGAUAAAGAACCUCCUGUAAUUGACAGAUGCAGAUCACCACCACCUAUGCAAGCAGUAGAGAACAAGUAUCCAGCAACAUGGGAAGAACCACAAUUUUCAGACAAUUCAGGUGCUCCACUAACUGUCACUAGGAGUCAUGCACCUGGAGAUCUUUUUCCCAAAGGAGAGACAACAGUUCAGUACACGGCCGUGGAUCCCUCUGGCAAUAACAGGACAUGUGAGAUCCACAUUGUCAUCAAAGGUUCUCCAUGUGAAAUCUCCUUUGAGCCUGUGAAUGGUAACUUUACAUGCACAUCAGACGAAGCGGGAGUUAAUUGCACAUUGCACUGUGCAGAGGGUUAUAGCUUUUCAGAAGGAUCAAGUGAAAACUACUAUUGUGCGUAUGAGAAUGGUGUCUGGAAGCCGUCUUAUUCUCCAGAGUGGCCUGGCUGCUCUUUAAAUCGUUUUGCAAAUCAUGGUUUCAAAUCCUUUGAGGUGCUCUACAAAGCAACACGAUGUGAUGACAACAGUCUUCUAAACAGCUUUACUGAUGCAUUCCAAAGUGCACUUGGUAAAAUGGUCCCAUCAUUCUGCAAUGAUGUUAAUGAUAUUGACUGCAGAUUGGAAGAUCAGACACAGAAACAUUGCUUGGAAUAUAAUUACGAUUAUGAAAAUGGAUUUGCUAUUGGACCUGCUGGCUGGGGAACAGUAAACCAACUGGAAUAUUCCUAUGACGAUUUUGUUGAUGCAGUGCAUGAAGACUUACCCAGGCAUCUCUCUGACUCUGCAAAGGCAGCACCUGCUCGAGUCAAAAGGCAUAAAAUGAAUGUUCCGUUGACCGACCACAAAAUCAAGUUAAUAUUUAACAUCACAGCUAGCGUGCCACUGCCCGAUGAAAGGAAUGAUACAUUGGAACUGGAAAACCAGCGACGGCUCCUUAAAACCCUGGAGACCAUCACGAACAGGCUGAAUAGGACUCUCAGAAAGGAACCCAUGUAUUCUUUUCAGUUUGCAUCUGAAGUCAUUGUAGCUGACAGCAACUCACUGGAGACCGAGAAGGCCUUUCUCUUCUGCCGGCCUGGUUCUGUGCUGAGGGAGAGAAUGUGUGUCAACUGCCCUUUGGGUACCUAUUACUCCCUGGAGCAUCAUACCUGUGAAAGCUGCUGGACUGGAUCCUACCAAGAUGAGGAAGGGCAGCUGGAAUGCAAAAGUUGUCCAUCUGGUAGUUAUACUGAGUAUCUACACUCUAGGAGCAUCUCUGAAUGCAAAGCUCAGUGCAAGCAGGGAACAUAUUCGCCUAAUGGUCUUGAGACCUGUGAAACAUGCCCACUUGGCACAUAUCAGCCAGCAUUUGGAUCCAGGAAUUGCAUCUCUUGCCCAGAAAACACAUCAACAGUAAAAAGAGGUGCAGUGGAUGUCUCAGCUUGUGGAGUACCAUGUCUUGCAGGCGAAUUCUCUCGUACAGGUUUAACACCUUGCUACCCUUGUCCCAGAGACUACUAUCAGCCAGACCCAGGGAAGUCCUACUGCUUGUCUUGUCCCUUUUAUGGAACAACAACUGUCAUUGGUGCCAGAUCCAUCACAGAUUGUUCAAGUUUUGGCUCAACUUUUUCAGCAGCUGAAGAAAGUGUAAGGAUGGUACCAGCCUCUCCAGAAAAUAUCAGCAAGCAGUACAAAGUCAGCAGUCAGGUCUUCCAUGAGUGUUUCCUGGAACCCUGCCACAACAAUGGGACAUGCAAGCAGUUGGGAAGUGGUUAUAUUUGCAUUUGCCCACUUGGAUACAAAGGCUUGAAAUGUGAAACAGAAGUUGAUGAGUGUAAAUCAUCUCCUUGUCACAACAAUGGAAUGUGUAAAGAUGGCAUAGGGACCUUCAUGUGUCAUUGUCAACCAGGCUAUUCAGGUCUCUUGUGUGAGGAAGACAUAAAUGAAUGUAGUUCCAGCCCGUGCUUGAAUGGAGCCCACUGUGUUGAUGGCAAGAAUGGUUACCACUGCACUUGUGCAAAAGGGUUCACAGGUGCUCACUGUGAAAUGGAGGUCAAUGAAUGCCUUUCAAACCCAUGUCUUAAUAGGGCUAUUUGUGAAGAUCGCGUUGGUGGUUUCUCCUGCAAAUGCCUCCCUGGUUUUACUGGUGUCUUGUGUGAAAAAAACAUCGAUGAGUGUCUCAGCAGACCGUGUAGGAAUGGAGCUACUUGCAGAGAUGGUAUCAACAGUUACAGGUGUCUCUGUGUGGCAGGGUACACAGGACUAAACUGCGAAGUGAACAUCAAUGACUGUGACUCCAAUCCCUGCUUAAACCAAGCUACCUGUGUGGAUGCCUUGAACUCGUACGUUUGUAAAUGUCCCCCUGGCUUUACAGGCAGCAGGUGUGAAACAGAACAGUCCUCUGGUUUUAAUAUUGAUUUUGAAGUCUCUGGUAUCUAUGGAUAUGUCAUGCUUGAUGGUGUUCUCCCAUCUCUUGGUGACAUCACCUGUACCUUCUGGAUGAAAUCCACUGACACUACAAACUAUGGGACUCCCAUUUCUUAUGCAGUGGAGAAUGGAAGUGAUAAUGCAUUUCUUCUGACUGAUUACAAUGGCUGGGUUCUUUAUGUAAAUGGCAAGGAGAGGAUCACAGACUGUCCUUCAGUGAAUGACGGUAACUGGCAUCACAUUGCAGUCACAUGGACAUGCACAGAUGGGGCAUGGAAAGUGUACAUCGAUGGAAAACUGUCUGAUGGAGGCAGUGGGCUUUCUGUUGGCUCAAAAAUCCCUGGUGGUGGUGCACUUGUACUGGGUCAAGAGCAAGAUCAGAAAGGAGAAGGAUUCAACCCAGCUGAAUCUUUUGUGGGCUCCAUUAGCCAACUCAACAUUUGGGACCAUGUCUUGUCUCCACAGCAGGUAAAAUCUCUGGCAACAUCCUGUCCAGAAGAACUUCAAAAAGGAAAUGUACUAGCCUGGCCAGAUUUCCUGCCAGGAGUUGUCGGAAGAGUGAAGAUAGAUUACAAGAGUAUAUUUUGUGCUGACUGUCCAUCUUUGCAAGGAUCCAUACCACAUCUGCGGGCCUCUUCUGCUGAUGUAAAGCCAGGGUCAAAAGUGAGCCUUUCCUGUGACCCAGGUUUCCAGAUAGUGGGAAACUCUGUUCAGCAUUGCCUUAAUCUGGGACAGUGGACACGGCCUUUUCCUCGCUGUGAAAGAAUCAGCUGUGGAGUGCCUCCACCUUUGGAAAAUGGAUUUUAUUCAGCUGAGGACUUUUUUGCUGGCAGUACUGUUACCUAUCACUGCAACAAUGGCUACUAUUUGUUGGGUGACUCCAGGAUGCUGUGCCUGGACAAUGGGAGCUGGAACAGCAUUUCACCGUCUUGCCUUGAUGUUGAUGAAUGUGCUGUUGGAUCAGACUGUGAUGAGCAUGCAUCAUGUCACAACACAAAUGGAUCUUAUGUUUGCACUUGCAUCCCUCCUUACACAGGAGAUGGUAAAAAAUGUGCAGAACCAGUGAAGUGUGUUAAUCCAGGAAAUCCAAAGCAUGGCCAUUUGUAUGGGGAUACUUACAGUGUUGGCAGUGAAGUAACUUUUUCCUGUGAAGAAGGGUUCCAGCUAACAGGAAUGACUAAACUUACAUGCAUGGAGUCUGGAGAGUGGAGCUACCCAAUACCAUAUUGUGAAGCUAUAUCCUGUGGUAGUCCAGUUAUUCCAGAGAACAGUGCCAUUCUGGGCUCAAAUUUUACAUACCACAAUAAAGUGGAGUACAGAUGCAGUGAUGGAUACAACUUAGUGGGUGAAAAGGAAAUUCUGUGUCUUGCUAGUGGCAUUUGGAAUCAUCCUCCCCCAUCCUGUGAAAUGGUGACUUGUCCUAGCCCACAAGAUAUCAGCAAUGGAAAAUACGUGCUCACUGGCACAACCUACCUUUCUUCUGUGUCAUAUACCUGUGACAAUGGAUACAGCCUUCAGGGACCUUCUGUGCUUGUCUGUGCAUCUUCAGGAAACUGGAACAGCACACCUCCAGCUUGCAGCAUUGUUUCUUGUGGAUCUCCUCCUGCCAUCAAAGAUGCAGUCAUAGACGGAAAUAACUUUACAUUUGGAAACAGAGUGUCUUACACCUGUAAGAAAGGUUACACUUUAGUUGGCCCUGCAACCGUAGAGUGCUUAGCCAGCGGCGAGUGGAGUGUGAGCCAUCAGCAGUGCCUGGCAGUAUCCUGUGAUGAACCACCCUACGUGGAAAAUGCAUCACCAGAGAGUGGCCACCGCCUCUUUGGUGAUACAGCUUAUUACUUCUGCUCAGAUGGCUACAGCCUGGCUGAUAACUCUCAGCUAAUUUGCAAUGCAGAAGGGAAGUGGGUGCCUCCAGAGGGCAGGGAGAUGCCCCACUGCAUAGCUGAUUUUUGUGAAAAGCCAUCCACUGUCUCGUACAGUAUCCUGGAGUCCAUUAGUAAAGCCAGGUUUGCAGCUGGCUCCAUCGUGAGCUUCAAGUGCAUGGAAGGCUUUGUUCUGAACACUUCAGCCAAGAUCGAGUGCCUUCGAGGGGGCCAAUGGAAUCCUUCUCCUUUGAGCAUCCAAUGCAUCCCCGUUCGCUGCGGAGAGCCUCCCCACAUUAGCAAUGGCUAUGCCAGUGGGGCCAACUACAGCUUUGGAGCAGUGGUGGCUUACAGCUGCAACAAGGGGUUCUACAUCAAGGGAGAGAAGAAACGGACCUGUGAGGCCACUGGCAACUGGAGUGGCAGUUUGCCCACAUGCCACCCGGUAUCCUGUGGAGAACCACCGCAGCUUGAGAAUGGCUUUAUUAAGGAAACAACUGGACGCUACUUUGAGAAUCAGGCAAAUUAUCAGUGUGAGUCUGGCUACCAACUGGUUGGGAGCUCGGUGUUUAUCUGCCAGGCGAAUCGGCAAUGGUACAGUGAAUCGCCCCCUUACUGUGUUCCCCUCAGCUGUGGAAAACCACCACCCAUCCAGCAUGGCUACUCCAGGGGAGAAACUUUUGAUAUGGGCUCCAAAGUUGAAUUUUUCUGUGAUGAAGGCUAUGAGCUGAUUGGAGAUGUUUAUUGGACAUGUCAGAAAUCUGGAAAAUGGAGCAAAAAGCAAAGCCCAAAAUGUGUGCCAACAAAAUGUCCAGAACCACCCUUGGCAGAAAACCAGCUGGUCUUAAGGGAAGUGACUUAUCAAGUUGGUGUUGUAGAGUUCUCGUGCAAGGAGGGCUAUGUUUUGCAUGGCUCCUCUGUACUGAAAUGCUUGCCAUCCCAACGCUGGAAUGAUUCCUUUCCCUUCUGCAAGGCUGUGCAGUGUCCUGCACCUCCCUACAUCCCCUUUGGUGACCCCUUGACUUCAUCCCUUCAUUUUGGUAGCACUGUGAAAUACAUCUGUGUGGAUGGGUUUUUACUAAAGGGCGAGUCUACCAUCAGAUGCCAGGCUGAUGGCUCAUGGAGUUUGCCUUUGCCAGAAUGCAUUCCUGUGGAAUGCCCCCAACCAGAAGAAAUUCAGGAUGGCAUUGUUGAUGUGCAGGGACUCACCUUCCUUAGCACAGCCCUAUAUACAUGUAAACCAGGCUUCGAACUGGUGGGGAACACAACUAUCCUCUGUGGAGAAGAUGGCCAGUGGCUUGGAGGAAGGCCAGCUUGCAAACCUAUUCAAUGCCUAAGGCCUAAGAAGAUCCUCAACGGCAAAUACUCAUUCACAAACUUCUAUUAUGGGCAGACUGUUAGGUAUUACUGUGACAGAGGUUUCCAGCUACAAGGGGAGGAAACGCUGAGAUGCCUAGAGACAGGGGAAUGGAGUACGGAAGUUCCCUCCUGCAAAGCCAUAAAUUGCCAGCCCCCUCAGCCCAUCGAAAAUGGCUUUGUGGAGGGUGCAGAUUAUAGCUAUGGUGCCAUGGUCAUUUACAGCUGUGUGCCAGGCUUCCAGCUAUUUGGCCUUGCCAUGCAGACCUGUGAAGAAUCAGGCUGGUCUGGCUCCACACCAACCUGCCUCCCAACAGACUGUGGUCUGCCUCCUCACAUUGACUUUGGGGAAUACGUACAGGUGAGACAGGGGGAAAGACGUUCUGACCAGGACAAUGUUAGAGAGAGUCCCUUGCUUUCACAUACAUUACUGGCUGGCAAUUUGAAAGGCUUCAAAAGUUCCUUGAAGGAGGACAGUGCAAUGCAACUCACCACUUUCUUAUUUGGAACUGUCAUUUUAUACACAUGUUAUUCUGGCUACGAGCUGCUGGGAGACCCUGUUCUAGCUUGCCAAGAAGACGGGACUUGGAACGGCACUGCCCCUGCCUGUGUUUCGAUAGAGUGCACCUUACUGUCACCCCCAGAGAACGGUUUCUUACAUUUCACUGAGAACACACUCGGUAGUGCAGUGCAGUACACCUGUAAGCCAGGGUUCACACUUGUUGGCUCUGACACACGAUUAUGUUUGCCAAGUCGGCAGUGGAGUAACACUUCUCCGUACUGCAAAGCAAUAACAUGCAACUCACCUUCCCAGCUUAUGAAUGGGAACGUAAGAGGGGAAAACUACACGUAUGGGAGUGUCAUCUACUAUGAGUGUGAUCCUGGAUACCAGCUAAAUGGCCCCACAGAGAGGAGAUGCCAAGAGAACCAGAAAUGGGAUGGCAGUGAACCAAUUUGCAUUCCUGUUUCCUGCCCACCACCAGUUUUGGAGAAUGGUCAGGUGAUUGGAGAGGAGUACAUAUUCCAGAGACAUACAGAGUACAGCUGCAACAAAGGUUUCCUCUUAGAUGGGGACAGAAUUAGAGUCUGUCUUGCAAAUGGAAGCUGGAGUGGAAUCACUCCCAUCUGCAGAUCUGUGACCUGCCCUGUGCCACUGCCUCUUCCCAAUGGUAGAACUAAUGGCUCAGAUUUUGGUUUUAAGCAAGAAGUGCACUAUCAUUGCAAUGAAGGAUAUAGCCUGCAAGGAGUGUCUACACUUACCUGUCAAAGUGAUGGUACCUGGGAUUCGGAAGCUCCACAAUGUGAGCCAGUUAUUUGUGGACCUCCUGAAGACAUCUCCCAUGGCUUUCUGAAUGGCUCUGGCUUUACCUAUGGGGAAUUUGUCCAGUAUGUGUGCUUCCCUGGUUAUGAACUGCAUGGCAGUCCUUUACGGCAAUGUUUGUACAAUGGUUCCUGGAGUGGGAGCCUUCCAUCUUGCCUGCCCUGUCUAUGUCCUACACCACAGGUUCAGAAUGGGGUCGUUCUUGGUACAGAUUUCAGCUGUGGGAACAGUGCCCAGUUUCAAUGCCUGGAGGGCUUCAAACUGCUAGGGCCUUCUGAAGUCACCUGUGAGGCAGCUGGCAAGUGGAGUUCUGGGUUUCCUCGCUGUGGGCAGAUUUCCUGUGGCUCUCCACCCAUCAUCCCCAACACAUUUAUCAAUGGGAGCAGCUCUACAGAUGAGAACACCAUCAUCUAUACCUGCUUGACAGGUUUUGUCAUGCAGGGGAGCCCAGAACUGACUUGUGAGGAAACUGGUGUCUGGAAGGAACCAUACCCAAGCUGUGAGCUGUUAAGCUGUGGUCCACCACCUUCUGUCCCAAAUGCAGAGGUUCUUGGGAACACUUACACCUAUGGGAACAAGGUCCACUACAGGUGCCUGGAAGGCUACACGAUGGUGACAGAGGGGGAUGUACGCUUUUGCCAGGAAGAUGGACAGUGGUCUCCUCAAAAUAUUUCCUGUUCCCCCAGAAAGUGUCCCAUCCCAGGAAAUAUCACGCAUGUAAUUGUACUUGGGGAGAACUUCACUAUGAAUACGAAUAUCUCCUUGUCAUGUGUAGAAGGCUAUACUCUGGUAGGAGCAAGCAUAUCUACAUGCAAGGAGAGUAGCAUUUGGGUGCCACCGUUAUCUGAUGACAUCUGCAUUCCUGUGUCUUGUGGGACCCCAGAGUCUCCAGAGCAUGGAUUUGUGGUUGGCACUAAAUACAAUUAUGAAGACGUGGUUCUUUAUAAAUGUGAUCCUGGCUAUGAAUUACAAGGUAAUGCAGAACGGAUGUGCCAAGAAGACAAGCUUUGGAGUGGCACAGUGCCAGUGUGCAGAAGAGUAUCAUGUGGACCCCCAGACAUGAUAGAAAAUGGAUCUGUUCAGGGACAGGAGUUCCUGUUUGGCAGUGAGGUUUUUUACAGCUGUGACCCUGGCUUUGAACUACAGGGACCAAGCCGAAGGAUUUGCCACGUUGACAAAAAGUGGAGCCCCUCUGCCCCUUCAUGCAUGAGAAUUACUUGUGGGCUGCAUCCCUCAAUAGAAAAAGCAGAGGCCAUAUCUACAGGAAGCACAUACAGAAGUAACGUAACUUUUGUGUGCAGCUCUGGAUACCAUCUUGUUGGGCCCCAGAAUAUCACAUGUCUUGCGAAUGGGAGCUGGAGUACACCCUUGCCAUUGUGUGAAGAGACCAGAUGCAAAGUUCCAGUUUUCUUGCUGAAUGGGAAGGCUAUUUAUGAAAACAAUACAGUCGGCAGUACAAUAGCAUAUUUCUGCGAGAAAGGAUACAGCUUGGAAGGGGAACCUGCAGCAGGGUGCACAAGAGACGGAAGAUGGAGUAGUCCCUUGCCUCUCUGUAAACCAAACCCUUGUCCUGUGCCUUUCGUAAUCCCAGAGAAUGCCCUUCUGUCCGAGGUGGAUUUUUAUGUUGGUCAGAAUGUAUCCAUCAGAUGCAGGGAAGGCUACCAGCUGAAAGGGCAGUCUGUAAUCACCUGUAAUGCUGAUGAGACCUGGACUCCAGCAACAGCUAAGUGCGAAAAGAUAUCCUGCGGGCCCCCAGCUCACAUAGAGAAUGCUCUGAUUCGUGGUAGCUUCUAUCAGUAUGGAGACAUGAUCACAUAUUCAUGCUACAGUGGGUACAUGCUGGAGGGGCCCCUGCGGAGCGUUUGCUUAGAAAAUGGAACAUGGACAACACCACCUACCUGCAAAGCUGUCUGUCGGUUCCCGUGUCAGAAUGGUGGCAUCUGUGAGAGACCAAAUGCCUGUUCAUGUCCGGAUGGCUGGAUGGGUCGUCUCUGUGAAGAGCCAAUAUGCAUUCUGCCAUGUCUCAAUGGAGGUCGGUGUGUGGCCCCUUACCACUGUGACUGCCCCACUGGAUGGACUGGAUCACGCUGCCAUAUGGCUGUUUGCCAGUUGCCUUGCUUAAAUGGUGGAAAGUGCAUACGACCAAAUCGGUGCUAUUGUCCCUCAUCAUGGACUGGACAUGACUGCUCUAGGAAACGGAAGGCUGGAUUCUCACCCUUUUAACAUCAGAGCAGCAGUUCUACACUCAGAUAUCUUUCUUCAGCCUAGGCACCAGGGCUUGGAAUCUAAUACAUUGUAAAUCAAAUCCAUUGUUUCCCCUCCCUCCCAGCUCCCUUGUUUUGUAUUUUAUUUUGUGAUACAUUUUUACUAUAUCUUUCCAUUUUUAAAGAAAUCCUCUGUAUUUUUCAUUUACAAAAGUAUUAUCAAUUAUAUGCUGCUACACAGACACCAUACACACAUACACUGCCCACUGAAGAAGUGGUUGUGUACAGUGAAGUUCCUUCCAUUUCUGAUAUAGUGUAAGCUAAUUAAACCAUACUAUACUGCCAACUGUGAUUAACAGAAUGUGGCAAUUCUUACUAUCUGCCAAAGCAUAAUGCUGUCCAGCAACUCAACAGUAAAGAAUAGUUACGCAAGGCUAACUGAGCCGCUAAACUUUGCAUUGGGCCUGUUUCUGAACUCAUGUUGAUGUAAAUUAGAAGUACAUGUGAUAAAGUCCAUGUUGUAAACCAUAGUUUCCGGUGGGCAUAAGAGGAAGAUUCUAUGAUGUAUAUUAUGUGACAUUAACAUCAUUGGAGAUGACUUAAUGGAAAGCACCAGCAUGAAUUUUGCCAGAGAUUUAUUAGUAAGUUAGUUGAAAAUGUAAAAGCGAUGAGAGAACAUUGUGUCAUUCAGAGAAGGAUGGACCAGAUUUAGCCAAGAAGGGCACUUGAGGCUUUUUGGCUUAUGGACAUUUCAGGAGUAGCUCUAAAGCUGGAUAAUCCAGGAUCCAGUAGUAGAAGCAGGUGGACCACUGAAACUUGCACUUCUCACUUGCUUGAGACUCACUACCUGCCUGUAACAGGCAUCUCCAUCCUAUUUAAAGCAGCUGUCUGCCAGGUGACUGCUUUUGAUACACAGGGUUUGGGUCCCAAAGUCUUCUUGUCCCCAAGAAAGAGAGAAGGCACCGGUUACGUUUACAGGUGAAACUUUGCUAUUUGCUCACAGAAAGGUUGUAUUUAUGAUAUGCAGACGCUCUGAGAACUGGAAAAGGCCUGGCAGAAGUGCUUGGCUGAGUGAGAAUUACUGAGGACACAUGCCGUCAGCUUUCUCACACUGUUGAUCCCAUUGCAUCUGAGGAUAACACAUAGCUAAGUAACAUCAUUAAGUCAUGCUCUAGUGAGUUUAUACACUAAGAUUUACCUAUGGUUAACUAGGGUAGUGGAAUUACAAGGUGGAAAUCACAUGCAUUCUUUGAGGUCAAGCAUUUGGUAUUUAUCUCCAGUUAGCAAAAAUUCUGAUCUACAAAAAAAGAUAUUGCAGUCAUUGAUCAGAAACUCCAUCUUUUCCCAGUAACAACAGGAAAGUGUAACUUACAGCCAUUGCUGGGAAAGAGGAGGAGAAAUAAAUGUUACCUUCUGUAAAAUUCCUGCUUAGUUACCGUCUGGAUGAAGAGUGUGCACACCCUGCCCCACCCUUCCCCCUUUAUAGAUUUACCUUCUUUUUAUGAAUGCAUGAACUUGGAUACAGAAAACUGACACAACACCAAAAUGAGCUCACAGUUACCAGUAAUAGGGCACUAGUAAAUACUGACACAUAACUGAUGGCUGUUAGCCCAAGACCAGAAAUGGGGAUGAAAAGACAAGUGAAGUUGUGAGGCAGUAAAAGCUUUCAGCCAAUCAAAAGAAAAACAGAUAGGUAAAAAAUAGGAGUCAUUAGGGGAUCAGAUUAAUGUGAAUGUAGAUUCCUUACCAGUGGGAGCUGCAACCAGCUGAAGAGUUGUUGUUUCAGCUCCCACAACCUUCUUUUUCUAAAUGGACUUUACUAGCACGUAGCAACAAACUUCUAUCUCCCAGCUCCACAGCCAUCAAUGUUUACAGCUCUGACUGAAGUUAGUGUUCAGUAAAUAAUGUCCUCAUUUCAACCCAUAGUUACCACCAUUUGUAGGCACUUUGUUCCUUGACCUUGGCAUUUGCUGCCUUAACAGCAUAUGAAUGGAAGCUGCAGUAAGGAACACAGGACUUCUCAAGGGAAAAAGUGCAUGGGUGAGAAGAACAGAUCUUUAUUUAUAUGUCACUCUCGUGUCUUGGUCCCUUUUCCAUUGUGGUUCUCUGGUGUGUGCCCUGACUCUGCCCUGGUCAUCUCCAGAGCAGAACAGCAGUGGUGAGGACUAUGCUUACGCUGGCAGGACAUUGCUGUAGACUUCAGGGCUGUGGGAUGGCUUUUAGCAUUCCAGCUUCAUGCUGGCGACUAGUACAUGGAGUCAUGGGAUCAACCCAUUCAACACGUUUCGUAAGGAGAUGUGGUGGUAGGGCAGAGUAGCUGAAACUAGAGGCUGUUAUAUUAGUGCUGUUGAUGUUUUGAUACUUGCUGGAACACUUUCCCUUCCCUACCCAGUACUGUAUUGUCAUUUAUGUCACUGCUUGUUGUGUGUUUUAAACGACUUCUGUGUGAUGCACUUUACACUGUAAAUAAAGUUGCACCCUGUUUAGUACCCAUAUAGAGGCAACACUGCAGUCUUUUCUUAAUGCCUCGAAACAAAAAUCCCGUCUGUCCUUUAGGAGCUGCUAGAAAAGCCCAUGUUUUAGGGAAAUGGAGAUCCACAUUAGGGAAAAGAAAAAAUAAUUGCCAGUAAUCUUAAAAGUAUGUGCUAGAUUAGUCCAGGUUUGAUCCUUGGAUAAAUAUACAGUAGGCACCUGAUUUUUGCAAUCCCUUCUGCUGCAAGAGCAUAUUUUAAAACCUGUAAGGACCAGAUUUAUCACUGAUAUAAACAACUACAAUAAAACCUGCUUCACUCACUACUUACACCAGAUGGAGAUAUGGCUUGUUUUAUUCUGCACCAAUAUUGGAAUUUUUUUAAGCUUUGGAGACACACGUAUUCAAGGCAGUUGAGGCAAAAAUUGUACUAUAGCAGGAAGAAAACUUAGUAAUUCAAACAUUACUCCUCCAAACAAGGAGUAUUGCUAGUAAGCCUUUCAUUGUUUUGCUACAUAGGCAUAAAUGGAGUCUUUGAUGUGCAAAAGGUGGUCAGUGUUUCAAAGCUUCCCCCUAAGCCAUCAGGCCGAAAGGUGGUGUGAGUCUACAGAAAGUACUGCUAAUGAAGCCCUGAGAUUUUAUUUGAUUAUUUGAUUUUAAAUUUGAAAUUUGAUUAUCUGAAAGAAAAGAUACAGAUUUACAUCUCAAAUGUAUAGGCCCCCCAAAUACUGGUAAUAAUCCUGAUGGGAAUAGCUAGGCUGCUAUUGCAUGCAGACACAGAUCUUGUGGUUGCUGUAUAACUUGGGUAGCACUCUGUAUUUCAAAGGAAAUGUGGUAAGAAUGGGGGUCUUUCCUUGGCCCUUUCCUCUUUGCCAUCAAAACUAAACAUGCUAAAAUUCUGAAGGGAGUCUGCUGACAUGUCUGUCAGAUCUCCUGGCUCCUGGAAGUACAGUGGGAAUUGUAUGCCUGUUGACUCUGUUCUCAGAGGAGCACUGGACAAGGUUAGCAUAUGCCAGUGCUUGUUACCCUGAGGAGUUAUCUUUUUACCUAGAAGGCAAUUUGAGUAGUGAUCUCAUUUGCCUCUCAGAGCAGAAGCAGUUUCUGCAUCUCGGACUUACCUUAGAGAAGUUUGGAUCCUCACUGCGGAGAGUAUCCCUCCCUCUUUUUCCGCACUGCAGAUGCUUUCCUGGGAGAACAUAACCUGACCACUUAUUUCCAACAGUGAGACAAGCAUUGCAGCACCCAGAGGCAGGCCAGGUAGAAUAUGCAGCACGAUUAUUGAUCUCUUUCUCUAGGGUUAUUUCCACUCAGGCACAUGAAGCAGAGCACUGCUUUGCAUAUCCAUCCCAUUUAUGAUGGUUCUUUCCCAGGACCAGGGCUGCCUUUCCAUUACCUCUGCUUCCUAGGCCGAUGUGUUUGUAGUGGGUAGCUCCUGCCUGCCAAGGUCUGCAUGCUCGCUACCUUUCCCAACUGAGUUCAAAGCACUAUAAGAGCUGAUGCUCUUCACAAUCUGAUUAACAUGAUUCUUUGGUGCAGGCUGGUCCAUCCUGGCAGACAUUGCUCUUGUGUAUGGACGAGUGUGACCACCUUGCGUUACAAGAAGAACCAUCCGUGGCCUAGUGGAUGGGAGGCUGUUUCUCCCAGCCAGUGGCAGGCUGCAUCACCAGAAGGUUAUUUCAGGUCUUCCCAUUUUACAGGCCACACGAGCUCCUCUUUCUACACAAAUGUGCUGCAGACAGAAGCAGACACAUGAGAUUUAAGCAUUAUUACCAUCAUUACUAAUGGUAGCCCUAUUGUUGGAAAAGUCAGAUCCAUUACCCAGUGUGCAAUAAGCCAAUAACUAUAUCACUGAGAGAAACCAUUUUAUUCAGGUUUGUGCAAAUCCUGGGAGCUUGCAGGUGUUCUUCAAAACAAGCACACCUCAAGGGGUUUGUUGCCUUCAUUUAUAUGCAGUUACACAAAGCCAUGUAUUAUUCAUCAUACAUAUGAUAACAUAUUUGCAUGUAAUUAUAAUAAAUGCUGGUUCAUUCCUUGCACAUUCUGCAUAUGCUCUGAGGGGGUCUUUAGGGGUGUCUGGAACUCACUGCAAAAAUUACCUACCAAGUUCACAUA